AGGUGUAUUUAGCCAUUAUAAAAGCAGCAGCAGGAGCAGACAGUCAGAACUCGGCAUCUUCACUUCAGCUGCUGUAUCUACUCGGUACUCUUAAACCCAAACAUGGCCACAAACUUAGGGUCAAGCACAACAAAUAAUGCAGAGCUGAGGAUAGUGAUGGUGGGGAAGACAGGAACUGGGAAGAGUGCCACUGGAAACACCAUUCUUGGACGACAAUGCUUUGAAUCAAAGUUCUGUGCCGAGUCUAUGACUGUAGACUGUUCUAAGGGCAAAGCCACAGUGGGUGGCCAACAGGUUGCUGUCAUUGACACCCCAGGCCUGUUUGACACCAGGUUUGGUAUGGAUAAGACAGCUAAAGAUCUACGCCAGUGCAUCUCUUAUGCUUCACCUGGACCUCAUGUGUUCCUGAUGAACAUCAGGCUGGGGAGAUACACUGCUGAGGAAAUGCAGACCGUGCAAAAGAUUCAAGAGAUCUUUGGCCAAGGAGCAGACAAAUACAGCAUGGUUCUCUUUACUGGUGGUGACCUACUUGAAGACAGCCCUAUUGAGGACUUUUUGAAUAAAAGCAAAAAUCUUCAACAGCUUGUGGCCAGAUGUAACGGCCAGUACCAUGUCUUCAACAAUAAGACAAAGGAUCCCUCUCAGGUCACUGAGCUGCUCGAGAAGAUCAAAAAUAUAACCCAGAAGAAUGGAGGAAGCCACUACACCAACGAGAUGUUCCAAGAGGCCGAGAGGAAACUAGAAGAGGAGAAACAACGCAUCCUAAAAGAGAAAGCAGAGGAAAUUCGAAAAGAAAAAGAGGAAGUGGAGCGAAAACUUCAGAAAAAAUAUGAAGAACAGAUGAGGAAAAUGAAUGAGCAACUCCAGGCUGAGAGAGAGAGGGAGAGGAAACAGAGAGAGGAGGAGAUGAAGAAGAUGAAGCUGGAGAUGAAUGAUGAAAGACGGAGGGAGAGGGAAGAGAGAGAAAGAGAGCGACAGAAAGAGAGAGAGGCGAGAGAAAGGGAGACGGCCAACUUGAUGCAAAGAAUGAAGGAAGAUCAUGAGAGAGCACUGCAAGAGGAGAGAAACAGGGUGCAGGCCAGGCAUGAAGUACAAGCCAGAGGCAGAGCUGAGCGUGGUUGUGUCAUUUUAUAAAAUUAAAAAGGAACUGGAAGCUGUUUCUGGAGCCUUUACUAGUGGGUGGUCUUAGCUCCAAAUGGUUGAACCAGUGGCUGCCACACAUAGGAAUAUAUGAUAUGAAAUAACAAAAAACUAUAAUAUCACAGAACUGCAAUCACAAUUUUCUUUUAAUUAUCUGAAUAAGUGAUGAAGCUAAUUUUAUUUGCUGAAGUUGUGUUCUACACUGCAUGUUAGUCACUCACAUCAUAGUCUAACGUUACGAUCUAGUGUUGUUUCCGCAGGAUUCUUUGGAUCGUGAAGGAAGAGAAAUGUGAUGUGUAGGGCAACAUUUGACAGUAUAACAUGUUUGUCUAUCAUUUAAACUUUAAAUAUCACAUCAUAGCUCAAGGCUUGGUUUCCAUAUAUUGAAUCCCAAGUUUUUAGUUUUGAUUGUCAUUUAACCACUGCAUUUUGUUUCUGCAGACUGAAAGUUAUUUUCUUUUACUGGCACACUAAAUCCGUAACUGUUUGCAAAUGCCUUUAUCAUAUGAUUUGUUGUCUUGUUGGGCACAAUUUCACUGGCUCUGUUGAUGACGCAACUCAAGAAGAAACAUGAAAUAAAGAUGUGACGUAAGACGAAACCUUAGAGUAAUUAUUAAUCAUCAAGAGUUCAAAGGUCACAUGUCGUACCACCUACCUAAGCAUCACUGCAGUCCAUGUACACCCUUUCAUGGAAAUGGUAUUCCCUGAUGGCUGUGGCCUCUUUCAGCAGGAUAAUGCACCGUGCCACAAAGCAAAAAUAGUUCAGGAAUAGUUUAAGGAGCAUAAAAGCUAGUUUGAGGUGUUGACUUGGCCUCCAAAUUCCCCAGAUCUCAAUCCAAUCCAGUAUCUGUGGGAUGUGUGGGCCAAACCAAGACAAGUCAGAUCCAUGAAGGCCCCACCUCACAAUUUACUGGACUAAACUUGCAAUUCUGACCACAGGAUUAGAAGAAGAGCCUGUAUUGGUCACUUUUUCAUGAUUUUUGUGCUGGCAUCAGCACAGGGUUUUAUUUCUAAGUAACUGGAUGUUACGUGUUGUUUCGGUGCUUGACUUCCUGUCUUCUCUGCGCUAAAUUAGUCUGAAUUGCUGUGUCGUGCUCCGGCAUCUGCCAAAAAUAGAAGUCCUCCAUAUCUGCUAUGGAGGGCUCCGCACUGCCGGAGCUGGGACGGAGAAGAUAGACAGGGCAGUGGACCUGGUGGAAGUUAAUACAUAGUGAAACUCAUCAGCUCCGCUGCUGUGGCGGAGCCGUGAUGGAGCAGAGUCGGACCAGACAUGUAACUGGUAGAAUAAGGAGUCUAUCAGACUCCAUGCCUUGAUGGGUCAGGGCUGUUUUGGCAGCAAAAGGGGGACCAACACAAUAUUAGGCCGGUGGUCAUAAUGUUUUGCCUGAUGGAUGUAUAUUCCAAAUGUACAGAUGAAAACAAUGUUGGGCCUUUUCAUGGUGUUACUGAUAAGACAGCUAAGAGAGAAGUGGGGUGAGAAAGAGGGGCCAGGAUGAUACCCAGCAGAAGGUGAGAGAGAGGUUCAGGAUGAU